GAUUAAUAAACUCCGUUCCGUCCGAGUCGCUCUUCCAGAACGACUUUUUCAUGUGAUCAUUUACCUUUGUUUUGUUCACUUUCUUCACGUGUAGAUUGAUUGCGACAACCUCACCUUCUUCCCUCUUCCUUCUUCCUCUCUACCAAAACAUAUUCCACCAGUUUACCUCGCCCAUUAAAUUUUCUUACUUUGACUUCCACUCCUUACCUUCUCUUCAACAAGCACAUUCCAUGAACCGUUGAAUAAUUCCUUAUCGUAACGACGUCCAGGAUGGAUAUUCUUCCGGAAUUCGACUUGCCACAGGUUCAGACAAUAUUGAACGCGCUCAAGAAUAUAUGUCGCGAUUACCCUGCCGGUGGUUCUGUUCUCAGAGAGCUUUUGCAAAAUGCUGAUGAUGCCCAGGCAUCAGAAGUGGUAUGCAUAUCUAUCUCCCUUUCUCAUUCAAAAACUUUUGAAUAGUUUCCUCUAAUCCAAUUUGCAGAAGUUCUUUCUUGAUGAGAAUUCCUACGAAACAGAAAAUCUUCAUCCUAAGCUCUCUCAGUACCAGGGUCCAGCGCUUCUUGCUUACAAUAAUGCUGAAUUCAAGAAAGAACAUUUCCAAAGCUUAUCACAAGUCGGUAACUCGCUCAAGAUGAACGAUGGUUCGACCACAGGAAAGUUUGGUCGAGGUUUCAAUUCUGUAUGUAUGAUGGCACAUUUGGGGUUCCCAGCCACUAACGACAAGCAGGUUUACAACUGGACAGACUCUCCAUCUAUAGUAUCAGGACAUCGUGUGCAAAUCCUGGACCCUCAUCACUCUUGGUCAAGCGGUGGGAACGGUUAUAACUUUGUAGAACACUCUGAAAACCCAAGUUUGAAAGCCCAUAUGACCGUUUAUCAAUCACUUAUGAAGAGCGUAAAGCAACCUUUUCCCGGCACUAUCAUCCGGCUGCCUUUACGCACGGCCGAGCAAGCAAAAGAAAGUGGGAUCUCCGAUCGCAAGAUCACGGUCCAAGAGAUGGCUCACGUAUUGAAUAAAUUCACUGAAGAUUUUGGAAAAGAGGGGCUUCUGUUUAUGAAGCAUGUACUCAAACUCAGUGUGAUUUCGACUAUCACGGGACUCAUUGAGGUCGAGGUAGUGAAUACAGAAGCAGUUCAGGUGUAAGUGUCAUCCUAUAAUUCACACGGCCCCCUGCUCAUAGUCCAUUUUGUAGAAACAAAUCUCGAAUCAAUGAUGCAAUCAUCAACACAUUGAAGAAUCCGUUUCAAGACUUCGAUUGUUCCUUUGAAAUGGAGCUAAGGUAUAAGACACGGACUACCACAACCGAAAUGCGCUUCCUACUUCACCACAGUAUCCAAGGUAACUCUAUGAGCGAGGAGAUUCGUAAAUGGAGUAUAGCUCAGAAAUCCUUGCCCUGGGUAGCGGUAGCUGUGCCCUUGUGCGUAAGUUCACCCUCCCCAAAUCCCGCAAUUCGCUGCGGCAGAGAAAGGAACGGAAAAUCAUAUCUCCCUCCCACAAGCCAUACAUAUUACACUUUUCCGUUUUAAUUCUCAACUAUCAUACGCAGCAUUAUUGACAAGCCUUCAGGCACCAAAGGUUCCAGCCAUAAACGGCUCAUUGUUUUUGGUUAUGCCUUUGCACAUUCCCAUAAACCAACCGGCUCUGAUUCAUGGCUUAUUCAGUAUCUCACCCGAUCGAGCACGAUUGUAUAAAUCUCAGGACCAUAGCUCACAGGAUCAAUUGCCGGCGCAAUGGAAUCAGUACUUAUUCAACAGUCCGAUUCCACGUGCUUGGACUAAGCUGUUGGGACACCUUGCUUUAUCUCCUCCACCAGACCCAGCAUUUAAGUAUUGGCCUCGUAAAUCAGAUGAUCCUGACAAUUUAUCAAAGAACGUACUCACUCAAGUGCUGUCCUUGAUUGGAAAUCAGCCAGUUUGGCACACUGUCAAUGGCUACGUCGGCGCUGAUUCUGGGCUAUUAGCGACCGGCAACGAGCCACAAUCGCUAAAGUUGACAUUGGCAAACGCGAAAAUUCCAGUUGUUUAUCUACCAGAUAAGUUGAGAGUGGAAGCCAAGGAGACUUUUUCGAAUCUCACCCUUGAACCUCGGACUCUGUGCACUUACCUUCGUGACAAGAACGAUUUGGUGGCCUCCUGGCCACAAGCGACGAGGCAAGAGAUUCUGGAAUAUAUUCUCCCCAUUCUUGACUCAUCCGAUCUUAUAAAAGGUCUAGCGUUAUUUCCGUUCGAGGAUGGCACAUGUCGCGCAAUCGAUGAUCAUCUUGCAUUUGUGCAUCGCGAUGAUUUUGAAGCAGAACUUUUCAGACGCGAUCCCAAACACAAUCUUGACCUAAAACAAUUUUCUCGGCCGAUCUUAAACAAUCUACAAGACCGCCUGAGGACUUUAGAGGUUCGUCCUCACAUCCGUCAUCGUUCUGCGAGCGAUUUCAAAAAGUAUGCUAUGACAUAUUUCUUCCAUGAGGUUCAUGAUGAUGCCGAUGUGACGGCUUUGGAUCUCAAUCAAAUAUCAUUUGUCACUAAGACCUGGAAGUGGAUACGAAGAAAUUCGAGUGUUCAAAAUGACAGCAUUGCCAGUCUAUGGUUGCUUCCUCUGGCAAACGGCAAAUACCGAAAGAUUAAACCUAACAAUUGCUGGGCCAUCAUACCACCGCCUGGACAACUUGGUGAUACUAUUCAAAAGCUUGGAAAAGAUGUUGCAGCUCAGCAUACGCCAGUGGUCCUCUCAGGUCGUUCCGGUUUAGACACAGUUCUUGUGGAACUGUUGAAAACCACAAAGGCUGGUUCAACCUUGCAGGUCCGUAAUGGGGAAAUGUUUCAUGUCGUAUUGGAAUGGCUUGCUGAGUCCCAUGUCGCUAUUGAGAAUGCAUCCGAUGGAGACAAGACUGUCAUCAUUGAAAAUAUCGCGAGAGCUAUUAAGGGAAAGCUUGAUUCGAAAUACACAAAUAGUAAUUCGCUAAACCUGCAACAUCUGCAACAGCUUCCAAUUUUCCAAGAAUUGACGUGCGGAAAUGAUGGAGGAUGUCAGUAUGUAUAUACUCAACAUUAUUGCUUGAGGUAACUAACAAUAUUUGAAGGUACCCGUGGGUACGUAUCGAGACUUUUAAAUCUCAAAUUGGGGUCAUCGACAAAAUGUUUCCUCUUCCUAAAUUCAGAGACUACCAAUUUUUGGAUGCACAGACCAUUCCUAUCCAAGAGAUCCUUAGCUACCAGAAUCUCUGUGUGUGCAAGUCGAAGAUCGGAGUGUUGGAAGAUCAUAUCAUUCCAGCUUGGAGGAAACCUCAAAAGUGCACUUGGUCACCAUCAUUGAAGGAGCAAACUGCCGAAUUGAUGCUUCAAUGCUAUGCUGAUUUGUCUGCCCAAGCACAAGCAGCUAUGAUCAGCCUACCAAUUGUACCUACUCAAUGUAUUGACGGAACUUUGACCGGCAGAUUUUCCACCGCUUCUGCUCUGGUGGAUCCCGAGAACAAAUGGCUAAAGAGCGUGUUCUUCAGUGGCGAGGAAGUAUUACCUGCUGAUAAGCCAUUCGCGCGAUAUGGACAUAUUUUCAGAAAAUUGAGGUUAAGGACGGAAGCCGAUGAGUUGUUCAUAUACGAACGAAUCUGCAAAUUCGUAAGUAGUUCUCAACUAGUCGACCGCGAAGAAAUCCACAGCUGUGCCAAGAGCCUAUUGAAAACCACUUGCUCCUGGUCCCCAUCAGAAGCGACAGCGACAAACUACAAGCAAUUCCUUAAUCGCAAAUGGUUGCCGGCCAAUUUUCCUGAUGGAACUAUCGACAUGGUAAGCCCAAAUCAAUGCCGCGGUAUUGAAGAUCGUUUGCGUGCAGGGUCUAGGCUCCCGAUCGUCUCUUUUACCAUAACUUACCGUUGGCAAAAGUUCCUUGGCUGGGAUACAAUCCUACACGACGAUAUCCUACUUGCUCAACUCAACCAUGGCAUUAUCAAUGAUGAUAGAGCCGUUGUCAACGCCGUGCUUACCUAUUUUAAAGAAAAAAUUAGAAUUGAUGCUGUCUCGGAUUCAUUGAAAGAACUCCGAUCUGUUCUCACGGAGAACGGCACAUUUGUUACUGCCUCUAAGGCGUUUUUCUCUGGUUGCGCGCUUCUUGGUCCAUUCUUGGGAAACAUCGACGCGGGUUUCGCGAAAAUGCACGAAGAUAUCUUGAAAGCCAUGAAUGUGGGAUUGAGGCCAGCAGUAAAAGACAUACUUGAUGUUCAAGCUCAAAUUGAGCGGUCCGGCCAUCCUUAUAAAGAUUCCGAUAUUGAAAUUCUGUUGGAAACAAUUAAGAUGGCCAGUAGAUUUUCCAGGAAAUCUCUAGGAGGCUUGAAAGUGCUGGACCAAGAUGGUGUUCUUUGCCCGCUGGAGGAUAUAGCUUACAAUGAUGCAGCGCUAUUGUCUGACAGGAUCGUCGAUAAAGUCAGAUUUACCAAUUCGCGAAUCUCUCAACAGACAGCACAAAACUUGUCGAUAGAGAAAAUCAGUGAGCGAUUGAAGAAAGGAGAACUGCAAUUGGCGGAUGAUGAUGACGAUGACGAGGACUUCCAACAGUGUGAGUCUAUCACUACAAGCAUUUCAACUACUCUGGAUCGAUAUCCUAUUGAAAGUACAUUUAAAGAAUAUCUAGCAAAUGCGGACGAUGCCAAAGCAUCAGUAGUCAACUGGAUGUUGGAUCCCAGGCAACAUCCUACUGAUAAUCUCCUUACUGAAGAAAUGAAAGAUCUUCAAGGGCCAGCGUUGCUAGUUCAUAACGAUGCAGUAUUCCGGGAUAUUGACUUCAACGGAUUUAAGAAUGUCGGCCUCGGUAGCAAACAAGAAGAUAAAUCAGCUAUCGGAAUGUUUGGUCGAGGAAGUCAGACCAUGUUUCAUUUUACAGACAACCCGACUUUGCUCUCUGGAGAUUACUUGUUAAUUUUGGAUCCUUUACAGACGUGUCUACCUCUUAAUAGUAAUUGGCAGGCACGAAAGCCGGGAGUUAAGAUAUUGCUAUCUAAACUCAAGCAAUUGCAUCCAAAUCAACUUGUUCCGUUCCACGAUUUAUGGGGUUACAAUAUUGAGUCUGAUAAUUAUGACGGGACAAUUUUCCGUUUCCCAUUAAGAAAACAUACAUCGCCUUUAAGAGCAAAGCAGGAGCCUCUAGGCAUUAGUUCAGUCCGAUUGCUCCUGAAUCAAUAUUUUACACAAGCCCGAAUUUCUCUGCUAUUUUUGAAAGGAGUCAAAGUGGUCAAUUUUAUGGGACCCGGAACAAAAGAACUCUUUUGGUCGGUGAAGAUGAAGAAAAAUUCCACAUCUGACUACACAAUUUGUUUUGCCAAGCAGAUGGUUGGUACGGAGAUUCUUGUGACCAAAGAUGAAUGGUGGGUUCAUUCGCGGAUUGAGGAGACACCUAGUGUCGAAUUCCAAUCCAGGAUUAGGAAGAAUUUAGAGUAUGGCGUUGCAGCAUUGGUAGUAUCGGAAAGUAAACAGGACACAAAAAAUUUGGAUCUACCUACGCCAAUGUUGUUUAGUACUCUCCCUUUGCCUGAAGAAUCGACGUUACCAGUCCACAUACACGCUACAUUUUCUCUUUCCGGAGAUAGGAGUACACUCAUUACUGGAGGUGAAUCAUCCGAGGCCUGUGGAUCGACCUGGAAUUCGUGGCUGCUGGAAGAAAAGUUACCAAAUGCUUACCUCAGUUUUCUGGAAGGUUUGACUGAAAAGAUUGGCUUGGAUGCAUUCAGAUUCUGGCCACCAAAAGAGAGCCGCCGCUUGGAAUUGUUGUGCAAAUCGUUUUGGGAGAAACUUCCGAACAGUUCAGCUAGACUAUUUCCUAGACGCGCUGAGAAUCCCGAUGCAGCUAAUAUGACCAUGUCUCAGACGGUCUUUGAUUUUCUGCUGCCGAAGUUUUCGAAGCAAAUUUCUCCAGUUUUGGAAGUCCUGGAACCAAAUAUAUCCCCACAUUUCCCUGCUCGCAUGUUGGCCAAUAUCAAAUCGGUUGCUGUCAUUAAGUCUAUGGAUCGCCCCGAUUUACGCGAACUCUUGAAGUCGAAGAGAGCUAGUGAGCUUCUCCAAAAGGCGAUGGUCAAUGAUGAUCUUUUGAUCCGCAAUGUCCUGAAUGAAGUUAUACCUGUUGGUGAUGUUUCUUCAGAUGACUUGAAGAAAUUAGCCGGAUGCAGAUUGCUCCCUCUUGCGGAUGGAACACUGGGACAGCUAACGCUAAUUCAGUCACCAAUGCCUCAGAAUACUCGAUGUUAUUACGUGGUCACAAAUUCAGAGCUGAAACUUUUUGACUUCGCAAAAAGCGUUCUCAUACUGAAGCCCGAGAUCGAUGCAUACCACCGCAUAGGUGAAAUUGUCAAAACAAAGAUGUUCAAUGUCAUGAACCUGGAAGUUACCCAUAUACCAGAAGUGCUGUCCAUGAAGUCCCAAGGAUCUAGAGUCGUGAAUGAUGAGACAGACGAAUGGUUGAAAUCCUUCUGGGAUUACUGGAACAAGUUUUCCUCAUCUGCGGCUGACAAUUUGUCCAAGGACCCCGAAAGCUUUUGCUCCCUGCCGUUGUUCAAAGCAAUCUGUAAUGGUGCUUGGGAAUAUUAUACUAUGUCGGAAUUGGGAACCCUGCCAGCUAUCAUUGAGCCAUCCAAGACGUCGCAUCAACGACUAUGUGACUGUAUCGCGGGUCUCUAUAGGUUCAGGCCGGAAUUCAUGCCCAAGUCCACUGCCAAUAAUGAGAAGUCCUUUGUCUCUUAUAAAGCAUUGAGCAGAUUCAUCGAUGCUUUACGAGUCCUGGAGUCUAACAAAAGCUCGAUCAAGAAGGGGCUGUUCACUCGACUGGUGGCUCAAGAACAAGAUAUUGUCAAGGUAAUUUCUAUUAUCCGAAUUCUGGCUAAACCUUGCUAACUCGAUCUAUAGCUUCAAGAACUUGUCAUACAGUAUGUAGUGACUGGCCACCAGGACAAACGCCAUUAUCUUCCGUCCUUGCCUAUCUGGCCUGCAUAUAUGCCUUUGAGCUCAAGCGAGAAAUACAUCCCAGCAUCAGGUGCAAAGUAUACCAAGCAACCAGAAUUUUUGGCGCCCUGGAGCAAAAGACUUCCAGACUUCAUUGAUUUUAAGGCUAUAGAUAAAUAUGGGGCUGAGGCAUGUCUCAAGGAAAUGAACGUCACCCCCAUCGCCGCCAUAGAGUUGAUUCAGAUGCUUGACGAAAAGGAUUUUCCAUCCACGCUACAACCGAUAGGUGCAGAUACCUAUGUACGGUUUCUGAAAGCCUUGAUUAAAAUUUUAGUCCUGGAGGAACACAAUUCACCUCUUUUUAAAACACUGACUUCCUUUCCCCUUGCUGCGGAUACGACUGGCAAAAUGCACCGGACCCUCGAACUUUUCGAUCACGAUGAUGAAAUAUUUAAAGCCGCGUUUCAGCACGACAAAUCCAAGUUCUUGCACGAUUGCGGCAGGGAAGCUACAUGGUUAUGGAACAAAAUAGGUUUCCGCCGACGGGAAAGUAAUGGCUUCCUCAAAAUCGACGAUUACCAAGAAUGUCUACUGUCAUUGAUAAAGCUGUUAAAAUCUAUGAAGUACGGCACAUUGGUCGACCCAACUUCAAGUAUUCAUGAAAGAAUGAAGACGAUUUUGUCACCACUAGUAACUCCAGGUUCUGCUACACAUCAGUUUACGGACACAGAUUGGGACAGAAUUGCAGCCAUGUCGGUCUUCUUAGUUCGGAAGGAUAAUUCUCGCGAACCAUCGUAUCGACGAGAAAACAUGGAUCGAAUCUCAGAAUGUGACCCAACAAUCUCACUGUCUGAUCUUGUUCUUCAUGAACAUGCAGCAAUUUGCUGGAGCAGCAACCCCUUUGCAGUUCUAGAGCCGACUUCCGAGAUCUUGAGCAAGGUACCGAGACGUGGAGAGCCAUCAAUCGGGGAGGUUUGGAAUCACCUUCUGCACAUGGUAGAGAUUUCAAAGAAUAUCUUGCGUGCAGAUAUUCCUGAUUUCUUGUCAGAUCUCUGGGAGAUAUAUGAUCACCUUCAAAAGCAUCUCGCCCGUAGCAAGGAAUACUUUGAAAACUAUGGCCCCACCCUGAAUCGAGCAAAUCUGUGGCUGAAUCCACAGGGUGUGGAUGCCAAUACUAUCACCCUCGGGGAUUUGCGGUCUUCGUGGAAACCCAUCAAUCAUCUAUUACUCAUCAGCUCUACUGAUGCACCCCCAUUCGAGUGUAUUCGACCAUGCCUCAGCCCGUACGAAAAGUUGCUGAAAGAACUUGGGUGCGAGUCAAUUCACCAUCCCACCAUCGAACGUUCUGCCCCUCAAUUAGCACCACCACUUAUCAGCACCCUUCGCGCCUUCCGCAAAAACAACGAAAUGAUAGAUAUCGUUCUCAUCUCCGAAAACACUCGUUUCUCCGCGCACAAAGUUGUCUUGGCAUGUGCUUCUCAUUACAUGAAAGCCGCCCUAUCCGGAAGAUGGACACAUAACGGGGAGAUCACCAUUGAAGAAAUGAAGCCUGACGUGCUCAAAAUUCUCAUUGAUACCGCCUACGAGGAACUAAUCAACUGGGAUGAGAUGAAAGUAGACCAGAAGCAAUCAGACCCAGCACACAACGCCAAUGACAAGAAACUUGACCUACUUCUCGAUCUUCACAAAGGUGCAGAUUAUUGGCUCAUGCCAUCGUUAGCCAACGAGGUAGAAGGCAGGAUCCUGGAUCAAUCACGAUUCUUUAUUAGAUUGGACAAUGUGGUCGAAUUCCAGGAAAAGGCUAGAGAUUCCAAUGCGAGGCGUCUUGAGGAGUGGUGUAAGGUAUUUUGUGAGCGGAAUGCUAAGGCUCUGAAGGGUUGGGAGGAUUCUGUUUUUUCUUGAGGAUACUCAUAAGUUCGACGUUGAUCUAGGCCUUUGGGAGUACUAUGAGCCUGGCAAGCUAAAAUCGGGAGGAAAGUAGUGUAGUUCAAACGAAUCGUACCAUACCCAUUUCAGCUCUUCAACAUAGAGUAUGAAUGAGAGAAUAUCGAGAUUAGAAUUACAAAAUGUAUACACAGACAAAUAAGAGUUUCCAGAGGGUAGCUAGAUUGAGAAUACAAAGUGUAAAAAUUUGAUCAUC